AUGCCAACCGUGCUCGCUUUGCACCCCAUGGCAGGCUCGGCGGAGACCUGCGAGCGGCGGGCAGAGGAAGCGCUGGAGCAGGGACAGUCAGCAAGAGCAGCGGCCUGGCAAAAAUACGUCGCCGGACAUGCAGACUACCUCGACCGCGCCCUGUGCCAGCGCCUGGAAGCCGGCAAAGAUGGCAUUCUGCUGACAGCGGAGGCUUUGGCGCGCGCCAGUAAUCAUGCCACUGCGGACAGCCACCCUGGCUCCGAGCAACGCCUGCAGCGCACGCUGCAGUUGCUGGAUGAGGUUGUCGCCUCGCAAGGCCCAAGUCCCCGGAUUUUGUCUUGCAUCAAUCUCACGCUGGCCAACCUAUCAGCCCUGCAUUUGCGCGCUGGGCGUCGGGAGAUGUCCCUGAAGUGCUUGCAAGAAGCGGAGGCCUUUGGCGGGACUUUGCCUCCUGCAGAGGCUGCAGCUACGCAGUUGAGCCUUUGCGCGCUGCUUUCGCAACUGGGCCGCCAUGAGGAAGCGCAGAGGCACGCUGCCGAGGCGGUUAGGCUCGGAGAAGCGGACAUCCUGGAGAUCCCGUCUUUGGGCGACGGCGCUUCCGCGAUGGCGGUUCUACGGGACAAGGCAAAUGCCCUUGCAGUGGCCUACAACAACCUAGCGGUACAACGCGAAUACCUGGGCUAUGAUGAUUGCUUGGCCCUCUACGAGAAAGCAGUUGUCCUGGCAGAGAACCAUAUGGACAAGGAUGACGCUUUGCUAUCGCGCUUGAGGGAGUCCCAUCGCAAUGCCUUGCAGAUGGCCGUUGGUCGGAGGUGCCGCCCGCAGCUGGAGAAGCGCCGGCCCUUGUCAGCGGUGGCAGCUUCCCGAGAGCGCGGUUCGGCCGAGUGCCAGCGCAAGGCAGAGAAGCGCCGGCCCCUGUCGGCGAUUCCUGCGAGGACACGGGAGGGUACCCAGCUGGACCAGAUGGAGGUUGCCAUCCGACAGCCACGCCGCACGAAGAGCUCCGAGCGCCCCGAGCGCCCCGAGCGCACGAAGAGCUCUGAGCCCGGGCGAAAGCGCAGCAAGAGCACCCUGAGUCGCGAUCUUCUCCGAUUGCUUCGGCCAGAGGAGCACAAGGCUUGGGCAGCGCUGGAACAAUGGAAGCUGAACCAAUCUUCAGACUCGAGCGCCUCACCGGACGUGGAGCUGCGGCCACCGGCCCUCCCCCGACACAUGCGAAAGGCCUUGGGCCAGCUGGAGGCUGCGGAGACCGCGCAAGGCGUACAUGGAGCGACGGCAAAGCUGGCCUGGGGCGAAGCAGGGCAAGAAGGAGCUGAUGUGAGCCCGUCGAAAUGCACACCUCCUACGCGGCGUGACUCUGGCGACCAGCGCUUGGGCGCGGAGCUCCAGCGGGCCCUAAACUAUGGGCGCUGCGAGGCGGCGAGACGUAUCCAGCGUGCCUAUCGCAAGCACCGUUGCUUGCGGCAAGCUUCAGCUCGAGAGCGCGCCCGCAAAGACCGCGAGCGCGCCAGAUCCCAGCACGCUGAUGCAGGUCGGUCAGGCGAGCAGCCGCUCUCAAGGCCAGCACCCCCUUUGGCGCGGCCCAAGGCUUCGGGGCUGGCAGGGCUCCCGGGCCGCAGCCUGCCCAAUUUGGGCAGUGCCACGUCACUGGGGGCAGGGCAACAAGCGGCACACGUGGCUCCGACAGAAGUGCAACGCACCCGCCUUUCGCAAGGCGUCGAGCAGCGGGGCGGCAGGGCGAGCGCGACGCAGGCUUCCGGCCGGCGACGGGCAGCCCUGAAGAUCCAGGCGGCUUGGGCCCGCUUCCGGCAGCGGCUGGGGAGGAGCCGGGCGCUACUGCUGCAGGGCCUGGUGAGGGCCUCCUUGCAGCUGCGGCAGCUCUCGGAGCAGAUGGCAGCAGCUAGGCGCAUCCAGCGCUGCUACCGUCGUCAUUGGAGCAAGGCACAUCGGAGCAAGUCGCUGAAGGAGCGGGCAAGUGCUGCCACGCAGCUGCAAGCGUCCUGGCGAGGAGUUUUGCAACGCCGUGUUGUACAGCAAAAGCGUCAGGAGAGCAGCAGCUGUGUACUGACUCUGCGACAAAGCUUCAGUCAUUGUGGCGUGGACAUAGCGGGCGGCAGAAGAGCAGACAGGAGCACCUCCGGCGGGCGAGCUCUGCCACAAAGCUGCAAUCGCGUUGGCGAAGGCACCAGCAGCGGAGGAUUAAGAAGGCCAGUGAUAGUCGAGGUCCUGACAUACCCGAAGCUUCCUCAGAGCAGGGCAAGGGCGAGGCAGACCAAGCUGACGUUGGCACCAGCGAAGAUGUGCAGCUGCCGAUUCCGCGAGAGGACGAUCCUGGAUUUCAGGCCAGUGAUAGUCGAGGUCCUGACAUACCCGACGCUUCCUCAGAGCAGGGCAAAGGCGAGACAGACCAAGCUGACGUUGGCACCAGCGAAGAUGUGCAGCUGCCGAUUCCGCGAGAGGACGAUCCUGGAUUUCAGGCCAGUGAUAGUCGAGGUCCUGACAUACCCGACGCUUCCUCAGAGCAGGGCAAGGGCGAGACAGACCAAGCUGACGUUGGCACCAGCGAAGAUGUGCAGCUGCCGAUUCCCCGAGAGGACGAUCCUGGAUUUCAGGCCAGUGAUAGUCGAGGUCCUGACAUACCCGAAGCUUCCUCAGAGCAGGGCAAGGGCGAGACAGACCAAGCUGACGUUGGCACCAGCGAAGAUGUGCAGCUGUCGAUUCCGCGAGAGGACGAUCCUGGAUUUCAGGCCAGUGAUAGUCGAGGUCCUGACAUACCCGAAGCUUCGUCAGAGCAGGACCAAGCGGGCGGCGAAGAUGUGCGGCUCACUGAGGGCGAUCCUGGAUCGCAGGAUGUGGAUGUGGACAAAGAGCCACAGGAACCUGACCAGGAACCCACGUCGCCGUUGGGCGAGGCUGGCGGACCAAAUCAGGCCCACAUGCAGAAGGAAUGCGAUCAGAUCAGCAACGGCAGCCGGGAGACAGUUGCAAGCGAGGGCCACUGGGAGCCAAAGUGCGAUGCAUGGAGCUGUCAUCAGUGCGGCCUUGUCAACGAAGUGA